AUGUCCAGACCGAGCCGGGGGUCGCAGGACCAGCCGGGCCGGGCCAGAGGGUCCCAUCCGGGCCCAGCCCCGGCCCGCGGUGCCACCCCCGUGUCCCGCCCCCCCCAGGGCCACGCGGACCCCGAGGGUCAGUACCAAAACCACCUGGAGGCCGAGGGGCUCUACGGGGACCCCGAGCUGCCGUACCCGCCCCGCGCCGAGCGGGACCUGCCCUACCCGGCCCACGGCGACCCCGACGGGGCGUACCCGGCGCAUCUGGACCGCGACGGGACCUACCCCGAACAUCUGGAGCACGACGGGACCUACCCGGAGCACCUGGAGCGGGAGCGGCCCUACCCCGCGCACCUGGAGCGGGACGCGCAGUUCGAGGCUCUGCCCGAGCGGGACGGGCCCUACUCCGGCCGCGCUGAGCACGAGCGGCCCUACCCGAGCCGCAAGGAGCGGGACCGGCCCUACCUGAGCCGAGCCGAGCGGGACGGGCCCUACGCGGCCCGGCUGGAGCAGGAGGGGCAGUUCCACGGCUGCCUGGAGCGGGACCUCCAGUACCAGCCGCACCUGGAGCGCGAUGGGCAGUACCCGGGCAGGAUGGAGCAGGACGGACAAUAUUCCGGCCGCAUGGAGCAGGACGGGCAAUAUCCCGGCCGAAUGGACCGCGAGGGGCCGUACCCGGCCCGGCUGGACCGCGACGGGCAGUACCCGGAGAGGGACCCGCAGUACCCGGAGCGGGACGCGCAGUACCCGGCCCGGCUGGAGCAGGAGGGGCCGUACCCGGCCCGGUUGGAGCGGGAGGGGCCGUUCCGGGCCCGGGACGGGCACUACGGGCCCUGCUGGGAGCGGGACUGGGCGCGGGGGCCGCUGAGCCGCGGCCCCUCCCGCAGCUCCAGCCCCGGGGGGGGGCACAGCACCAGCGCCAGCACCAGCCCGGCCACGACCCUGCAGCGCAAGUCGGAUCGCGACAGCUCCAGGACAGUGAGCGUGGACGGCGAAGCCCCGGGCAGCGAGGGGGGGGGCCCGGUGCCCGACAGCCCCGGGAGACCCCCCCCGUACCGGGGCCUCCCCCAGCCGGCGCCCCAAGGCCCGGGGGGGGCCGGGGGGGGCCCCGGGGGGGGCUCCCCGGGCGUGGCCUGGCCCCGGCUGCCCCCCCAGCCGGCCAGCGUGGCCCUGCGCAAGCAGGAGGAGGAGGAGGAGAGCAAGAGGCCGAAGGCUCUGAGCGACAGCUACGAGCUCUCCACCGACCUGCAGGACAAGAAGGUGGAGAUGCUGGAGCGCAAGUACGGGGGUUAUUUCCGCUCUCGGCGGGCGGCGCGGACGAUCCAGGCCGCGUUCCGGCGGUACCGGAUGGCGCAGAAGUUCGAGCGGCUGCGGAGCGAGGGCGGCCGGGCGCGGCGCCUGGCGCUGCCGGGGCUGCGCCUCCAGUUCUCGUUCGAGGAGUACGACCGGGGACCCCCGGCCCCCGCCCCGGGGCCGCCCCCGCCGCCCCCGCCCUACUUCCAGGGCAAGCCGGCCUCGCUGGACGAGGGCGUCCUGGGGGGGCCGCGCCGCGCCCCCCGUUACGGGGGCUCCUGCCGGGCCGGCCUGGACGGGGGCGGGGGUCCCGGCGAGGGGGCGGCGGUGGGGGGCGGCUCCGGGGUGGGGGGCGCGGGAAGCCCCCCCCGGCAGCUCUCGGCGUCGGCCGAUUUCGGGCCCGGAGGCGCCGACCUGGAGGAGGCUUUUGCGCAGCAGGUGAAGUCCUUGGCCGCCUCCAUCGAUGAGGCGCUGGGGGGGGGCGCGGCCACCUCCGCCAGUGACGUCACCCUGUACCUGGACGAGGGGCUCCCCGGCUCCCCCCGCUCCCCCGAGAGACCCCCCAGCCCCGAGCCCCCCCCCGACACCGGGGGGCCGCCGCCGCCGCCCUGCCGGGGCCGGGGGGCCGGGGGGGGACACCCCCCGCUGCUCACGGUGGAGCCCCCGAGCGACAGCUCCGCCGACCUGAGCGACCGCUCGGACCGCGGCUCCAUCAACCGCGGGGGUCCCUACGAGCCCGAGGGCACCGGGGGGGGCACCUUACCCCGCUCCGGGCCCCCCCACCGCUGCUUCCACCCCGAGGGGCCCCCCCCGCCGCCCCCCGGCCCCCCGCCCCCGCCCGCGGCCGAGGAGGGCUCCGAGGGGGACAACGAGAGCCUGGGCAGCAGCUCCAACUCCAACGAGACCCUCAACUGCUCCUCGGGCUCCUCGUCCCGGGACAGCCUCCGCCGGCCGCCCCCGCCGCCCCCCCCGCCGCCCACCGCCCCCCCGCAGCCCCCCGGCGCCGCCGGAGCCCCCAAGGCCACGUACCAGAGGGAGCCCCGGCAGAGCUGGGACUCACCAGCCCUCAACAACGACGUGGUGCAGCGGCGGCAGUACCGCAUCGGCCUCAACCUCUUCAACAAGAAGCCGGAGAAGGGGAUCCAGUACCUGAUCGAGAGGGGGUUCCUGUCCGACACCCCCGUGGGCGUCGCCCACUUCAUCCUGGAGCGGAAGGGCCUGAGCCGGCAGAUGAUCGGCGAGUUCCUGGGCAACCGCCAGAAACAGUUCAACCGCGAUGUCCUCGACUGCGUGGUGGACGAGAUGGAUUUCUCCGGGAUGGAGCUGGACGAGGCCCUGCGGAAGUUCCAGUCCCACAUCCGGGUGCAGGGGGAGGCGCAGAAGGUCGAGCGCUUGAUCGAGGCCUUCAGCCAGCGCUACUGCGUGUGUAACGCGGCCCUGCUGCGCCAGUUCCGCAACCCGGACACCAUCUUCAUCCUGGCCUUCGCCAUCAUCCUCCUCAACACCGACAUGUACAGCCCCAGCGUCAAGGCCGAGCGCAAGAUGAAGCUCGAGGACUUCAUCAAGAACCUGCGAGGGGUGGACAAUGGCGAGGACAUCCCCCGGGACAUGCUGGUGGGCAUCUACCAGCGCAUCCAGAGCCGCGAGCUGCGCACCAACGACGACCACGUGUCCCAGGUCCAGGCCGUCGAGCGCAUGAUCGUCGGCAAGAAACCGGUGCUGUCCCUGCCCCACCGGCGCCUGGUCUGCUGCUGCCAACUUUACGAGGUGCCCGACCCCAACCGGCCCCAGCGCCUGGGGCUGCACCAGCGCGAGGUUUUCCUCUUCAACGACCUGCUGGUGGUGACAAAGAUCUUCCAGAAGAAGAAGAUCCUGGUGACCUACAGCUUCCGGCAGAGCUUCCCGCUGGUGGAGAUGCACAUGCAGCUCUUCCAGAACGCCUAUUACCAGUUUGGGAUCAAGCUGCUGUCGGCGGCGCCGGGGGGCGAGCGCAAGGUGCUGAUCGUGUUCAACGCCCCGAGCCCCCAGGACCGGCUGCGCUUCGCCAGCGACCUCCGCGAGUCCGUGGCCGAGGUGCAGGAGAUGGAGAAAUACCGAGUGGAGGCCGAGCUGGAGAAGCAGAAGGGCGUGGCGGGGCCGAGGGGCGCGGGGCCCCCCCGGGAGGCGCUGAACGGGCUCAGCCGGAGCAGCCUGGAGGAGGCGUUCGGGGCCGAGGGGCUCAAACGCAGCGCCCUGAGCAGCUCCCUGCGCGACCUGUCCGACAGCGGCAAGCGGGGCCGGCGGAACAGCGUGGGGUCCCUGGACAGCACCAUCGAGGGCUCCAUCAUCAGCAGCCCGCGGCCGCAGGCGCGGGGGGGCCCGGGCGGGCCGGGGGGAGCCCCCGAGGGCUACAAAGCCCCGGCGCGGCCGGUCUCCAACUCCUCGUCCUUCCUGGGCUCCCUGUUCGGCAGCCGCCGCGGCAAAGGCCCCGCCGGGCCCCCCCCGGGCGCGGGGGGUCCCACCUCGGCCUCGGCCUCCUCCUCCCCCGCUCCCGGCUCCUCCGCUGACCCAGCCGCGGAGGCGAGCAGUGCCGCGAAUCCUUCCGCGCAGGAGAGGGCGGAGCCUGAGGACUAUUUCCCCGUCCCCCAUCCCGCCACACCGCCUCCCGACACCGGGGCGCGGCGGGGGGGGCUCCGAUGCUGUUCCUCGCUGUCCCCGUUCCCGCCGUCGCCGGCGGCCGCGGCGCUGUGGCGGCGCUCGGCGCUCGUCCCGGUCCCGCGGCGGAAGGACACGCGGGCUCACAGCACCGCCAACAGAGACGUGAGAGGCCGCGCCUGCGCAGUACGCGCGUGCGCGCGGGCGGGGGGCGGGCGGCAGGAGGAGGAGGAUCCAAUAUGGCGGCGGCGACCCGGCCGGGGGGACCGGGCAGGCCUCGGGUGUGAGGCGGGCGGAGCGCGGGGCGGCGGGGCUGGACGGGCCGGAGGAGAGGCGCAGGGGCCGCGGAGGGGCCGGCGGGUCGGCGGAGCUCGCGGGCGCUGUCUUGACCCCCCUUUCCCCGCGGCUUGGGGUGGGGGGGGCGGCCCGCGGCCUGUGAGGGGGCGGCGCGGGGGCGGCGGGGCCUCCAUGGCCCCCUGA